AUGGCUGAUUACUCUUCGCCGCAGCUCCCCUCCCCUUCCGCCCUCCUCUCCACCAUCCCGGCUGGAUCGGCCGCGAAGAGCAUCGUGUCGCGCCGCCCAAUGGCGCAUGCACAGCGCAUCGAAGAAGCGACCGGGACGCCAAGAGUACCGCUGAGCGAGCUGCUUGGCAACUUCAACUACAAAACAUGCACCUCUCCCUCCUCCCGGCGCAGCAUUACAGGCGAGGCAAUGACCAAACGACGCCGUAUCGAGCUUGUAGAAACCUCCACAGUAAGCGUUGUGACCAGAAAGUCACGGAAGAGGCUAGAUCCGGCAGUGGAGAAGCCGAAGAGGAAGCCAAAGGCGCCGAAGAGGGCGCAAACCAUCACAGAAGUAGCUACCAAGGCGUAUCGACUAGUCAAACCAGUAGAAACGGCGCCAACGAGCACCGUCAGCGAGUACUUUGCGUCCACGAAAGAGGUACAUGAGCCUGCGAAGGCGGUCACCGAGGUGCAGAAGGCGAAGAAGCCUCGAAAGCCUCGAUCCAAGCCCGCAAUCACCGGAGACGAGCCCUCCAAAGCACCCGCGAAAAAGCCGGGACGAACAAAGAAGGCCGAAGCUAUGUUGAAAGAAGCUGACCAACUACCGCCACUUUACAGUCCCGAGCGCGCGAAUCGGCAAGCGCAGCAACAGCAGUUCCUUUUCGGCACCUCCAGCCAGCUAGCAGUCGAAGAAUCACCGACAUUCGUAAAGAAGAUGCACACAGCAUUGCUCGAGUCAGAGGGCGUGCCGGCGCCUACACAGAUGGUGAGCACGCAAGCACUAGUCUCUCCAGCGCAGAAGAGCUAUCUGAAGGUUCCUACCGCGCCGCAUGGAACGACAUUAUCAGUUGGCCAAGCGGAGAGGGAGCACUGGUGCGCCGCAUCGCGCGAUGUCAAAGGCGAGUUGCUACGAGACGAGUCUAGGCCGAAGCAUACAGGGUCAGUGCAAGCCGCCAAACCGUCGACUGCGAAGCCUGUACCGAAAGCCGCACCCGCCUCUGUAAUCCACCCGUCACCGCCCAAGCAGGAAUGGGUAGCUAUAGAUGACAUUGAAGACGAGUCUCCACCUACACCGUCACCGCCGAGACGUAGAGCGUCCGCAUCACCAUCACCAGUCUUACCACUUGCUUUCGACAGACCUACCGCCCCACCGCGCUUGCAAGCUGCAUCAAGCGCUAAGCCGUCUUCACCAGACGUGAAGGUUGGCUGUAGCGUUCUGUCUCAUAAUACCUCCCUGAAGCCUACAGACGCCCAAUGGCAACAUAUCAAACCAACGCUUUUCCCGCAAGUUACAGCAGCAAUCAAGAGCGCACCGCGGAGCACAGACCCGGAGAAACCGAGCUGGCAUCAGAAGAUCCUGCUCUACGACCCGCUAGUACUCGAAGACUUUACUGCUUGGCUUACUGACGUGCGAAAGUUGAGGAUAGAGGUGCAGAGGCAGCCAAGACCGAAGAAGGGCAGGAAGAAGAAGGUCGACGUUGAGCCUGCGGAGAGUGUUCUGGUUGAGACGAUGGAGGAGCCACUGCAGCAUUGGAUGGUGCAGAAGUGGUGCGAGGAGGGGAGUAUUUGCUGCCUUUCCAGAGAAAGCUCGAGAGGCGGGCUGAAAGCGAGGUACUGA